GGCCGUUGGUCGGCAGUUUACCUUGGAUAUGGAGCAGACGAACCACCGACGCCGUCGCAGUUGACGGGAGAAAAGUUAGUUUCUAAUACAGUGCCUCAGAUCGUGGCUAGAAGGCCCAGCAGUCCAGUUGACACGACAACCAUAAAGGACGCCGGUGUCCCGCACUUUGUGGGCGACGUCUCGCCACAAGAAGGUGCAGUUUCAGCGUGUUUCCACGAGAGACUGAGAUCGAAGCACCUCACUGGGCGACGUUCGCUUUGUAGUCGGCCCGACAGCAGGGCCCGCACAUUGCAUAGUGGGCCUGCGCGCUGGAGCCCAGCACGGUGACAGCGAUCAUGGCACUGCAGAGGUGCGGUCUCUUGGCCGGCCAGGUCACUGGAAGUAAUUUCAAGUGAUGUGUUGGCGGCAGAAGAGGAAUUUAUCUUGACAAGAGAGCGAGGACGUUGUUUAUAAUGGCGAAGAGGGAGAAUGUUCUGCAGAGGAUUAAUACAGAGCUAGAGGACGGCUGGGAGGCCAAGCUGCAUCACAAUGGGCGGAUCUACUAUGUCAACCACAAGACCCAAACGACAUCAUGGCUACCUCCACGGGAAAACUGGGGCUCGAACACUGGUUUACCGUACGGCUGGGAGACAGGCGUUGACCGCCACGACAAGGAGUACUUUAUCAAUCACGUGGACAGGUUCAGUACUCGCGACGACCCCCGCCUUGACCCUGACUACAUUGAGCCUCCGCGCCCGAGGGAGGUGGAGCUGCUGAGAGAUCCAGACAAGGGCUUCGGCUUUGUGGCUGGCAGCGAGAGGCCGGUGGUGGUUCGCUUCGUUACCGAGGGUGGCCCGAGUGAAGACAGACUGUUGCCUGGCGACCAAAUCUUGAAGAUCAAUGGGGAGGAGGUGCGGAGGGCUCCACGCGAGAAGGUUAUCGAACUUGUCAGAUCGUGCAAGCAGUCAAUUGUACUGACUGUGUGCCAGCCCUACACAGACAAUUCCACUAGGAAGUCAGCGCUGUUGACGGCGGCCAAAAAGGCCAAAUUAAAAAACAACCCAUCGCGAGUUCGAUUCGCCGACGCCGUGAUGGUCAACGGAGCGAGCAUCGUGAAUACGGAAAACUCGCCAUCACCUGUGGAGAGUUACGUGCCUUUUAUGCCAAACGUCUUAAAGGUCUUCCUGGAGAAUGGUCAGACCAAGUCCUUCAAGUACGACAACAAGACCACGGUCAAGGAUGUUGUUCUGUCGCUGCAAGAAAAACUGAGCAUCAAGUGUAUUCACCACUUCAGCCUGGUGGUGCAGAACAUGAAGAGCAACACGGGCACCGCGGCCAAGAUGACCCUGCUGCAUGACCACGAGACCCUAGCAGAGAUUGCAGCCAGACCUGGAGCUCGGCAUUUCCGCUGCUUGUUCAGGGUGAUGUUUGUACCCAAGGAUGCCUACGAUUUACUGAAGGACGAUCCCAUUGCGUUCGAGUAUUUUUAUCUUCAGUGCUGUAACGAUGUACUGCACGAGCGUUUCGCCUCGGAGAUGAAGUACGACACGGCCCUGCGCCUGGCAGCCCUGCACAUCCAGCAGCAUGCCGUCAGCACCAACAUGGCAGCCAAGAUCUCCAUCAAGGCCAUCGUCAAGGAGUGUGGGCUGGAGAAGUUUGUAUCCAAGAGUCUAAGAGAAUCCAUGAAAGGCAAGGAUCUCAAGCGCAUGCUAGCACAGUACCUCAAAAUGAACCAAAGCCUUGCGGCUCCUGGCCAAAAACAACUGACAGCUCUGCAGGCUAAACUGCACUACAUGAAGAUCAUCAGUGAACUCAAGACUUUGGCUCAAGGGUCUUCAUGGUCACCUUGCUGGUGUGUUUUUUGGGCCUUUUAACAUGUUUUCUUCAAU